CCACUACUACCCAGGGUUUUGACAUUUUUUAGGGUUUUGGUAAUGGCAUUGCUUUGGAUGAAUUCAUGCCCCUGUAACCCGUUGAUCCAAACCCGCAAGUGGUAUCCUGCAAUUCCAAGACCCUCAAUCUCAGAAAGCCUAUCUGCAACUCCGAUUAUUAUUCACACUGUCCGUUCAAAAGGGGUUUCUGAAACACCGACUAAACGUUCCCAAUCAUUUCCAAUCACUUGCUGUAACCCGAGUUCGGGACCUUCAAUAGCGGUUUCCCAGUCUCCAUCAGCAGGAGUCUUCAUUAAAGGACUGCCAAAAUCGACAUCUGAGGGAUGCUUGAAGAAGGUGUUUUCACAGUUUGGGGAAGUAAACCAAGUCAAAAUAUGUAUGGAUGGAAAUACCAAGGAGUCCUUAGGAUAUGCUUUCCUUUGGUUUAGCGACGAAGAGUCUACUCAAUCGGCCAUUGAAGAAAUGAAUGGAAAGUUUUUUGAUGGCAGAUUUAUUUUUGUAACUGCUGCAAAGCCACAGUCUACCAAACGCAAACACAGGCGGACGGAAAGACCAUACAAGUUCUAAUCUUGAGUACCAUUUUCUUCUCCUCAAACACAGCAAACUAAAUCAGGCCCAGUGCUGUAUAGAGAGUAAACAAUCCAAUUUUGUAUGUAGUUAUAUCAAGAUGUAAGACAGUGUCAUACCCUGUUUAUAUUCUACUGGCAAGGUUGUGUGUGAUCUGGUACUACCUCCCCUGGAAUAUAGUGGACGAUUGAUCAUUUGCUUUUCAGGCGAUUACUUCAUAUUAUCAGUAACAAUGAAAAUUGCAUGUA